CUCGGCGAUCCUCCUGCCGCUAAGCUCUUAGUUCCGCCAUCGAUCAAGGUGGGCGCGAGUAAACCAAAACACUAACACGCUAAACACACAGACAUCAACGAAACGCAGUCGAUCCGUUAGUCGAUCCAUUUAGCAGAAGCUAGAUCCUAAUGUGUCCAAACCAAAAGUAACAACGUCUGAUCUAAAAAUGAUCUCAGGUACCGACCGACCGGGAGACGUGGAGGUUGUUGAAGGGGAAGACGGAACAAGGGAGAGCCGACGAGUACAGGAGAAAUUGUCACCGACGGCGGGAGCAGCUGCUGCCGCAACCUCAUCUAGCAGCACCAAAGUCGAUUUACUGCACCACAAACCCUCCCUAUCCCGCGGUUUGAGCGACGCCGCUUCUUCCUCAAAAUUGUCCGCCCACAGCAAGGACUCAACCGUGCAUCACCACUCACGGGGUUCAAUCGUGCCGCGCAACCGCCCGGUCGGCACGACGGGGGUGAAACGGGUCGGCACUCGAGACCUUCACGGUGAGGGGGAGGAUGCUCCUGGUACCAGUGAGGAGAGCGUCGAAGAAUCCGCGUCGUCAAGUGCCAGAAGCGGGUCCGCGGUGGAAGUGCAAAACGAAAUUUCGUCCUCUUCGAAAGGAAGCAGAAGCGGAAGUGCUGGUAAGACGACCUCGUCCGAAGAAGAAAGUAGGUCCAGGGGUUCGCAAAGUUUGCAAGACCAACGGGCCAACACGCAGGAGCACUUGGAGCUGCAGGAAGAGCUGCUGGGCCUGUCGACAACACACUCCACGAUCCAGCUGCCGCCUGCGGAUUUGUGAGCGUGAGUGGGGCCGUAUAGUCGUGGAAGAACAAGAAGUUGUAGGAGAGAUGCAAUUCCUAAUCGCAAGUGUUUCUGUUUUCCAGGUCAUCAAUAGUAAACGAGAACACAACGAGGUUUUAACUCGCUCAAAUUUUUUUUGA